AUGGCUAUUCGGGAAUUCGCCAGCAGACUCGCAAUCGCCGGGUUCAGAGAUGCCCGACCAAGGCUCUCCUCCGCAGUCUGCCUGACCGGCCACCGCAACGUGUCGAGCAGCUCAUCAUCCUCCGCUCCCUCUUCCGCCGCUGCAGCUGAGCUGGCUGAUCUCGAGCAAUCUUCAUCAUUAUCAGCUCCUCUUCCCUCUGAAGAUGUCGUGAAAUCCUUCGACCCGGUCAAGCAGACCAGAGAACGAAAAGAACAACUCCCAGCUAGCAGAUAUAAUUUCCGCCCACCAAAGUAUUACCGCGGUCCCUUCCACCCGCACCAGCCGCCGAGCCCAUCUGCGCCCGAAUCGCGGGAAUUCGUCCCCGGCCCAUUCUCCGACCCGCGUCUCGCACAGACAUACACGAGCACCAUUGAACCCGAUCUUAUGACGCUCACAUACCAACACCUGCCUCCAGGAUUCCGCCCGCCGCCCAAGGCGCCGAGAUUACGGACGUGGGACGGCACUUCUCCGUACCACAAGAACCGGCCUGCGCGAGGACCCCGAGGAGGUGCUGUCCUGCGACUGCUCAAGCAGCACCGCACAUUCCGCAACGUCCCCGAGCUGACGGGGAUUACGGUGCACACCAUGGUUCCCAAGGCGCAGGAGGACAGCGGACACUUGCACGUUGCCGGCAUGAUUCUGCAGGCCAUUACGAAUGUGCGCGCGACCGCACACAAGGCUCGACACUCGGUCAACACCUGGGAUCUGCGCGAGGGUCGCUGGGUUUCCCUCACAUGCGACCUCAAGGGCGAGGAGAUGCACCACUUCCUCGGCAAGUGUAUCGACCUGGUCUUGCCCAAGAUCAAGGACUGGAGGGGCGUCCGCGGAAGCACUGGCGACAGCAGCGGCAACAUCACUUUUGGCUUGACCUCGGAGGCCAUUGCCAUGUUCCCGGAGAUUGAAAUCAACUAUGACAUGUACCCGCCUCAAAUGAUUCCCGGUCUGCACAUCACCAUCAAGACCUCGGCCACCAACGACCGUGACGCCCGAUUGUUGCUCAGCGCCAUGGGUAUUCCGUUCUACGGCAAACUUGUCGAUUAA